CCCAGGACGUAGGAGUUGGCCCGUGUUGCAUUUGAGGAGCGACAGAGAUAGCUGGGGAUAUUCAUGCCGGCGUGCGUUGACGUAGAGAUAGUUGUCCACAUGUAUCCUCCUACAGGGGAUCCCGAUGGGACGCAAGGGGAGGCAGCUUUAGCCCAUGCAUCGAGGAUGGGAGGUGAUGUUGAGCAGGGGUCACACGAGACCGGGUUCGCACCCCCAGAUGAGCCACGUGUGGUUCCAAACCAGCCUUCUAACGACGAGCAGAGGCCUGAGGACACUUUGCAUGAGGGCGCGGGCGUGCCUCUGGCCACAGGUUUGGUUGCGGGUGUCGUGCACACGUCCCUGGGUCUAGAGGAGAUACAGACGGGGCAGUCAGUGGGCGUUGAUGAUGUUCGACCAUUUGUACAGGCAGAAAGGAUAGCACCGACCACCAGGGUGGAGGAGGACGUCGCGGGGGAUGUUGAUGUUAUGGGGGUGGAGGCGCCUGUUCAGCCUGAUCCGAUGCACACGUUUGGGGGGCGAGACGGUGCACAGGUCGAUAGCGAGGUUAUACCCAGAGAGGACGUGAGAGACAGGCAUGACGGAGACAGACAAGAGACGCCGCAGACUUUGGUGGUUCGAACGGCUGUGGGGCCAGGGGUGCCACAUCAGGCACCGUUUUCGGUGGACCCAGGGCUUCGUGCACAUGGCGGUGGCCCGGUCGCGGAGCGACGAGUAGGCAGGGGCACGUGCGCACCUUUGGUCCCUACUUUUGCGUCGUCACAGGAGAGGCCGCAGAUUAGGUACGUGGCGAUGCCUCGCGUCAGCCUCCCAUUUGGAUGUAUGACUACUGAGGAGUUGGAGGCGCACGGCGGGAUGGAUUUGACCGAGACCGACAGGCGGUGCUUCAGGAGACCUCCGCAGGCGGGGCGUUUGCCUCACGUGCAGGACUUGUCUUGGGGGCCAGCUAGACCUAUCUUACCUUCAGGAGGUUCUGUCGCGGUGCCCUCUCACGACGCAGCAGGGCCAUCCUCACCAGCGAGCAUAGUUGCGGAAGAGAGCGGAAGUCUCACCCAGAGGUCGACUGCACGUAGACAGAGAGACACUACCGACCAUGCGUGGGUGUCAGAGGACAACAUGUUGUUCGGUCGCACUGAUCGACUAUGGAGUGAGACGAGACGGGUGACGACAGCGAGUGCCGCUCGACAGCGAGGUUUAAAAGAGGUCUCCUAGACCGGGAGUCGUCGUGAUGUUGUGGCGUCGGGGUUCGGCAGUAGAGGCGGGGAUAG